GAGAGAGAGAGAGAGAGAGAGAGAGGCGUGAUUCCUGGACCUAAUCCGGAGCAGCAUCUCCUGCAGAAGGGAUAGGCGUGAUUUUAGUGCAUGUGCGCGUGUGAGGAGAGGGGUCUUCGCUCCAGCGCGUGCGCAUCCUUGAAGAAACUGGAGAAAUGGUAGAGAGGAGCACGAGGGUUCCGUCCCACACCUAAAGUGGAAUUAAAACCGGCGAGGCGAGCGUCUUCGCGUGAAUUGAUGAAGAGGAGGAAAACGUGAACGGAGCACGAAGACCUCGCUGAUACAUCUGGAUUAUACAUCUUGCAUUCAAGGGAAAAAUCGUUCCAUUCACAAGCAAUUGGAUGAGAGUCAUAUUCGCCCUUGGCAACUGAAGAUGACGUUACUAUGGAAACGGCUACUGCUGCUAUCAAUCAUAGGCUGCCUCGCAGCUUAUGCACAAAAUACACUUUACCAUGGUCCAAGCUGGAGAGCAGAACCCUCUGACCUGAUUCUACCCAUCCACUCCCCAAAUCAGGAAGCUGUUCUAACAUGCGAGGCGUCUGGUGUCCCCUCUCCGCAGUACAGAUGGUCUCUAAACGGGACGCUCAUUGAUCUCCGUGGUGACGAGAGGCGUCGCAUGUCUGGAGGCAACCUGAUCAUUAAAGGGCUGGACCGGGACCAAGACACCGGGGUGUACCAGUGCUCUGCCUCCAACACCCGCGGAACCAUCCUGAGCCAGAGAGCCAGUCUGCAGUUUGCAUAUCUAGAGAGCUUCAAAACCCAGCCCAGAAGCGCUGUGAACGUGAGGGAAGGCCAGGGUGUUGUGCUGUUAUGUGGAACCCCUUUGCAUUCUGGAGAGCUCACCUUCACCUGGGUCUUCAACGAGUACCCAUACUUCGUCCAGCAGGAUAACCGACGCUUCGUGUCCCAGGAGACGGGGAACUUGUACAUUGCUAAAGUUGAGCCAUCCGACGUGGGCAACUACACAUGCGUCGUGAACAACAGCAUCACCAAGGACAAAGUGCUCAGUUCCCCCACCCCUCUGGUACUGAGAAAUGACGGGGCGAUGGGGGAGUAUGAGCCCAAAAUAGAAGUUCAUUUCCCUGAAACCGUGCCUGCUGCUAAAGGAUCCUCUGUGAAACUGGAAUGCUUCGCCUUGGGGAAUCCAGUUCCUAGGAUCAGCUGGAGAAGAACCAAUGAUGUGCCAUUCCCCAGUAAAGUCAAACUGAGAAACUCCAACGCCAUUCUGGAGAUCCCUCGCUUCCAGCAGGAGGACACGGGAACCUACGAGUGCGUGGCAGAGAACAGUCGAGGGAAGAACGCAGUGCGAGGCCGCCUCUAUUUCCAUGCCAAGCCUCACUGGCUGCAGAAUAUGACGGACACGGCCUUGUCCAUUGAGGAAAACUUGUUCUGGGAGUGCAAGGCCAAUGGGAAGCCCAAGCCCUCCUACAGCUGGCUGAAGAACGGAGAACCACUCAUGCCAGAGAGUCGAGUGCUGAUAGAGAACGGUGCCCUCACCAUCUCCUCACUGACCCUAUCUGAUGGAGGGAUGUAUCAGUGUGUGGCGGAGAACAAGCACGGUAUCGUUUAUGCCAGCGCGGAACUGAUGGUUCUGGCCUCGCCACCCAGUUUCUCUCAGAGCCCUUUGAGGAGUGUGCUGAAAGCCCGCGUUGGCACUGAGGUGACCCUGGAGUGCAGGCCACAAGCCUCGCCAAGAGCCAUCAGCCUGUGGAAGCGAGGGAGUGAGAUGCUCCAGAAGAACGAAAGGUUAUCUCUCUUCCCCAACGGAACGCUGAAGAUUGCCAAUGUGACUAAGCGAGAUGGAGGCAUUUACACGUGCAUAGCCAAAAACCAGUUUGGCAGCGCGAGCACGGCGGGCCGGCUGUUGAUCACAGAGCCGACCAGGAUCACGCAGGGCCCCAGCAGUCUGGAGAUCAUAGUGGGCGAGAGUAUUGUGCUGCCCUGCCAGGUGGCCUUGGAUCCAGCCCUCGAUGUGACCUUCUCCUGGGCCUUCAACGGCCAGCUCAUUGACUUCCACCAGGACUCGGACCACUUUGAGAGAGUCGGCGGGAGGAAUGCCGGCGACCUGAUGAUUCGAAACAUCCAGCUGCACCAUGGUGGGAAGUACGUCUGUAUUAUUGACACUGACGUGGAGAGCUUGUCUGUGGAUGCAGUUUUGAUUGUGAAAGGUCCCCCUGGCCCCCCAGACACAGUUCUGGUGGAGGAAAUCACAGACAGCACGGCUCAGCUGACCUGGAGCCCCGGAAGGGACAAUGGAAGCCCCAUCACCGGCUACAUCAUUCAGGCCAGGACGGCCUUCACUGUGGGCUGGCAGGCAGUCGACACAGUUCCAGAGGUGAUCAAUGGCAACACUCUGACUGCUACAGUGGUAGAUCUGAACGCCUGGGUGGAGUAUGAAUUCAGAGUGGUGGCCAGCAACAGUGUGGGCAUGGGGGAGCCAAGCCCACCAUCUGCUAAGACCAGGACAGAAGAUUCAAUUCCUGAUACGGCCCCCACCGAUGUGGGGGGAGGCGGUGGCACCAAGUCGGAAUUAGUGAUAACAUGGGAGCCCGUCCCAGAAGAGCUGCAAAACGGAGAGGGUUUUGGCUACAUCAUCGCUUUCCGGCCGAUGGGCAUGGUCACUUGGACCCGAGCGGUGAUUUCCGCCCCCAGCGUGGCCAGAUAUGUGUUUCGCAACGACACACUGCCACCCUUCUCACCCUUUGACGUCAAAGUGGGAGCUUUUAAUAAGCGGGGAGAGGGACCCUUCAGCUCUAUCGCCACUGUGUUCUCAGCUGAAGAAGUGCCGAGCAUGGCGCCCGAGAGAGUUGUGGCUAGGAGCCUCUCGGCCUCUGACAUCGAAGUGAACUGGGACGCCGUGCAGUCGAGUCCAGAGAGAGUCCUCGGCUAUGAGGUGGUGUAUUGGGAAGAUGACACCAAGCCGGACACUGUAGGCAGAGUGAGAAUCAGUGGGAACUCCACCGCUGCCAAUGUUAGCGGUCUAGAGGGAAACACUCUGUACUUUCUGGCUGUGUGUGCCUUCAACACUGCUGGGACUGGCCCUCAAUCUGUUCCCGUGAAUGCUACCACUAAGAAACCACCUCCAGGGCAGCCUCCUCAGAAUGUGGAGUGGAGUCUGAUUGGCUCCCAGCUCACACUGCAGUGGGAUCCAGUCAUAGCUCUGGAUACUGAGUCUGAGGUCACUGGAUAUGUGGUGCUGUACAGGCGACACCGGAACAAUGACAUGUACACCAUCACCACCACCAAAACCACGGUGGAGCUGACCCUCUCCCCCAACGACAACUACGUCAUUCAGAUCAAGAGCCUGAGUGAGGGGGGGCUGGGAGAAGGAAGCGAGCCCGUCCACAUCCACCAACUCAGCAUGGGCGCUCAAGGCUCUGGAGUGGCUAGGCCAGGCUGUCUCACUCUCUUUCCUGUCCUCUUUACUGCACUGGCAGCCCUCAGUGCCUCCUGAGGGCUUUCUCCUGUGAGCGCUGCCUCCGCACCCUCGGCCUCUUUCUCUUUCACACAUACAUACACUGCCUGGUGAAAAUUGGGAAGACCUUGCCUUCUUUUUUUAAUUUUUGGCCUAUUGCUUGAUUUCUAUUAUUACUUUUCAAUUCAUUUUCAUUUUUAUUUAUGGAUAUUUAGCUUCAACACAGCUUCGCGCUCAUCAAAGUGUCUUCCUCGGUAUGAAGAGCAGCCUUGGCAGGUUUUCUUUCCCGAAAUAUCGUUGAAAGUGCAUAGUGAAACUUUUUUUGGCCCAAAGCUGGUUUAAACACCUGAAAGGUUUGAGUGCAAACAUCACAACAAGGGGAUCAAACGCAUAGGCUUUGGCUUUAUUCCCAAAGUAGCACUGUCACUAAUGUUGGCACAAACAUUUCCACAUAUAAUAUUGUUUUUUUUCUCCCGGUUACACUGCAAAAUAGAUAUCUUGGCAAUUACAAUAAUCCAAAAUCUGAGACUGUUGUGAAGGUAUAGGGUUAUUCAGAGUCAGUAUAUUGUACAUGUUCUAAUUCAUUUUGUCGACACCACCUUUUGCCUCGGGUUUUGAAAUGACAAAAAAAAUUCACAAUCGGUGCAAAAAAUAACCAAAAAAUAAUGAAACAACCCAAAAUCUAGUCAAUAUGUCUAAUAUUUCCAAAUCUGAGACUGUUUAUUGUUCAAUUUCCAGACAUUUUACAUGUUUUAAAUCAUUUUAUCUACUGAAAUGGUCUUUUUCAAGAAAUCUUUGCUGCCAUCGCUGCCAAUCUGCUUAAGAUUCACUAAAUAAAAUGACUUAAAACUAGCAAAAAUGUCUGAAAUAAUCUUAAUAUUCUUUCAACAAUCCCAAAAAGAUGAGACUAUAGUGGCUAAUUUUAAGAUUAAGGAUGCAUCAAAAUUUUGUCUGAAAGAGAAAAACUGCCCAAACAUUUGACUGAUUAGGUAGGCCUCCAGUGAAAUGUUGAAUCUAAGACUUUACAAAUUAUAAUUACAAAGUAUAAUGUUUAAAGUAUGAUUACAAAGUAUAAUUACAAAGUACAAUUACAAAGUAUAAAUUAUAAUUACAAAGUAUAAUGUUUAAAGUAUAAUUACAAAGUAUAAAUUAUAAUUACAAAGUAUAAUGUCAAUGAAAACAGAGAAAAAGUGAUUAAAAUGCUGUUUCAUCCAUUCGCUCUUCCGCACUUGUCAGCUCAGAUGUGUUCGAACAGUUUGAGCCGCAGCAGAUCAUCAGCCACGUGAAACUGUAUCACGAUUUCUAUGAGAAACGUUAGACGAGAGAUUCAUAUUCUUUGGACAUGUUGAGUAAUAAGAGGAGACACUACAGAUACAGCAGCAGAAGCAGACAGGAAAGUCCCUGCAAGCAGCUCAACACCGUCUGUAGCCUCAGGUCUUAGAUCAGUGCUAAAUGGGCAAAAUAUAACUAAAAAUAAUGGGAUUUUUGCCUUGGAUGAGCAUCCGUUCUCACUGUUGUUGAUGUAACUGGUGGACGUUGAUACCACUCCCGCUGAUGGACAGAGAAAACUCUGUUUCUGUCGUGAGGAUUUUAUUCUGAUAACAGAACUAAAACAGAAGUUUUAGAGCCCCUGCUUCUUCUCUCCUCACCUCAUAUGAAAAGAAUAUAAAAGAGUAAGCUUAGCUGACCAGUACACUGCGUGGGCCAUGCAGUGUGAUGCAAUGAUGUUAGUGACAUGUGCCUGAGUAUAAUUUACUCUAAAAUUGACCAUCAACAAAACAUGAUGCGUUACAGUUGCUGAUAAUGAACCCGGGAGCAUUUCGCUGUUGUUGGAACAAAACCUCGUAUCUCCAUUCUUUGACGUUUUUCAGUUUUUGACACCAUUUGAAAGCGCCUGUUGCCCUUUACAUUACGUGUGCAUUUUAUGAUGAUAGGAUCAAAAGAA